AUCGCAAUCCAAAAAAAAAACCAGCACUGGUUGAUUCCGAAUCGUAACUCUCAAUACAAAAGAUCAUUAUCGCUUGCAGCAAACAUGACUACUGCAACUGUUGUAUCGAAGCCAAUCCCCGCUUUGGCGGAAGGCUGGUCUGCUGAGAAGGACUUCAAGCCGCUGAGCUCCAUCACCUCUUCAUCGCAGCGUACCAUUGAGCCCGUUGGCCCUCACUUCCUGGCCCACGCCCGCCGCGCAAGACACAAGCGCACCUUUUCCGAGGACGACCGUAUCCAGGCUCAGGAGAAGGCCAAGAAUAUUGAGAAGGAUGACGACGACGAUGUCAGCGAGCCCGAGGACCCUAUGAUGCUCCAGCGGGAGGCCAAGGACUGGAAGUCUCAAGAUCACUACCAAGUUCUGGGUCUUUCCAAGUACCGUUACAAGGCAACCGAAGACCAGAUCAAGCGUGCCCACCGUAAGAAGGUCCUCAAGCAUCACCCCGACAAGAAGGCUGCACUGGGUGCCACCGAAGACGACAACUUCUUCAAGUGCAUCCAGAAGGCUACUGAGGUGCUGCUCGACCCCGUCAAACGCCGCCAAUUCGACUCUGUCGACGAGAAGGCCGACGUCGAGCCCCCGUCCAAGAAGGACGCUUCUAAGAACUUCUACAAGCUGUGGAGUCGUGUCUUCAAGGCUGAGGCCCGAUUCAGCAAGACCCAACCCGUACCGUCGUUCGGUGGCGAGGAUGCGACAAAGGAGGAGGUAGAUGCUUUCUACAACUUCUGGUACAACUUCGACUCGUGGCGAUCAUUUGAAUACCUCGAUGAGGACGUGCCCGAUGACAACGAGAACCGUGACCAGAAGCGUCACAUGGAGCGCAAGAACACCAAUGCUCGCAAGAAGAAGAAGGCCGAAGACAACGCCCGUCUGCGCAAGAUGCUUGAUGAGUGCUCCGCUGGGGAUGAGCGCAUCAAGCGCUUCCGCCAACAAGCCAACGCCGCCAAAAACAAGAAGAAGUUUGAGAAGGAGGAGGCCGAGCGCAAGGCCAAGGAAGACGCCCGUCUGAAGAAGGAAGCUGAAGAGAAGGCGGCUAAGGAGGCUGAGGAGAAGGCCAAGACGGACCGUGAGGCUAACAAGAAGGCCAAGGAGGCUGCCAAGAACGCCGUCAAGAAGAACAAGCGUGUUCUCAAGGGCAGUGUCAAGGACGCAAACUACUUCUCCAGUGGUGGUGAUGCCAGUGCCAGCCAGAUCGACGCUGUAUUGGGUGAUGUCGAGACGGUCCAGGGCAAGGUUGACCCCGACGAGAUCGCGGCUCUGGCAGCCAAGCUGAACGGCCUCAAGGUUGCUGAUGAGAUCAAGGCCGUCUGGAAAGGCGAGGUCGAGAGACUGGUUGCCGCGGGCAAGCUGAAGGAUGGCGACUGCAAGUCCUUCAUUUAGAGAGGGGCACUUGCAGUUAGAUUGGACAUGCUUGCGGACACAUGUGGUAUGACUAGAUGAGAUAGACAGCGUUCUAUGAUUAGAUAGAUGAACGUACAUGAUUCCCCAAGAUAACGGUAUGACCCAUAUCCUGAAU